AGCACUACUGAUCAUAUAUUUCCUCUGAAAACUUUGAUUGAUUUAUAUCUGUCUAAAGGUAAAAAGUUAUAUUGUUCUUUUAUUGAUUAUAGAAAGGCUUUUGAUAGCAUAAAUAGAACUGCACUUUGGCAGAAAUUAAUUAGCAAUAAUGUUGAUGGUAAAUGUAUAAAGAUCAUUUAUAACAUGUAUUUACAAGCUAAAUCUUGUGUUAAAAUUAAUUCUUUUAGUCAUAUGUCGGAUUUUUUUACAAGUCAUACAGGCGUUCGUCAGGGUGAAAAUUUAUCUCCCAUAUUGUUUUCUUUAUUUUUAAAUGAUUUAAACUAUUUCCUGUCACAACAUUUUAAUGGUCUGGAUCUUCUAUCAAACAUUGUAAAUGAUACCCUGAGUGAUUCUGAUGUUGAAAUGUAUUUUAAAUUGUAUAUUCUUUUAUAUGCUGAUGACACUGUCAUAUUUGCUGAAUCUGCUGAAGAACUGCAAAAAGCAUUAGAUGCAAUGUCAAAUUAUUGUCAAUUAUGGCAUUUACAAGUUAAUCCUAGUAAAACUAAAAUUGUUGUUUUUUGUAAAAGUAAAAGAGGUUUAUGUAAUAUUCCAGCCUUUAGUUUUGAAGGUAAUUUGCUAGAAAUUGUUGAUGAUUUUUCAUAUCUGGGUGUUAAGUUCUCUUAUAAUGGUAAAUUUGCUAAAACAAAGAAUCAUUUAUUAGAACAGGCAAGGAAGGCUAUGUUUUCAAUUAUAGUUAAGGCUAGAAAAUUGGAUUUGCCUAUCAGUAUGCAAAUUCAUUUAUUUGAUAGCAUGGUAGCACCUAUAUUGUUAUAUGGUAGCGAAGUGUGGGGAAUUGAAAAUGUGAAUAUCAUUGAUAUAUUUCAAUUAAAAUUUUAUAAACUCAUAUUAAAUUUGAAACAAAGUACUCCAAAUUGUAUGCUUUAUGGAGAUUUAGGGAUAUUACCUUUAUCUAAUCAUAUAAAAAGUAGAGUUUUGUGCUUUUGGAAUAAGAUUUUAAGUAGCAAACAGGAAUCAAUAAGCCAUAUAUUGUAUGAUAUGUCACACUCUUUGUAUUGUAGAAAUGUGUUGAAACUCCCAUGGAUGAAUAGUGUUUGUAAAUUACUAGAUUCACUGGGUUUAUCAAAUUUUUGGAUUAAUAAUGUUGCCACUUCUCUUCCAUUGUUUAAGAAAAUUGUUAAAAAUAGACUGAAAGAUCAGUUCAUUCAAAAUUGGCAUAGUGAAAUGUCACAAUCGAGUAAAUGUCUGAAUUAUAGAAUGUACAAAAGUGAAUUCAGAUUUGAAAAGUUUUUAGAUAUUUUACCAUCUCAUUUAGCUUUGGUACGAUUGCGUUUUAGAUGUAUGAACCAUAAAAUGCCUAUUGAGUCUGGUAGAUUUUGUAAUAUACCAAGAGAAUUAAGAGUGUGUAAUUUAUGCAAUAAUAGCUCACUUGGUGAUGAAUAUCAUUAUUUAUUUAAUUGUCAAUUCUUUAAUACUGAUAGAAAAAAAUAUAUUACUAGAGAGUAUAGUACUAAUGUUAAUUCAAUCAAGUUUUCUAUGUUAAUGAAUAGCACAGAUAGGAGUAUAUUGUUAAAACUUGCAGUAUUCUGUAAAAAAAAUUAUUUCAGCAUUUAAGUAACUGAUAACUAAGCUUAUUUUCAUAAUGUAACACUUUCAUUUUUGAUUUAUAUUUGCCAUGUAAUACAUCAGCAUAUUUCGGGGAUAUCUCUUUAUAUGUCAUACUAUAUGUAUAUAUUAUUGUAUAUGUGACUGAUGCCUCUAUGAGGCCCAGCAUUUUCAAAUAAACUGUUCAAACUGUUCAAUAUUAAUGGCGGACAAUACGAAAGGUGUGUCACGCGUAUACGAGAAAGAAAUUUUGAGAUUGGUUAAGGAAAAUGCGAAAAGUGGAAAGAAACUGUGAUUUAAUUCAAUCAAGGAUAUACUCUGGUAGUGAUUCAAAGCGAUGAAAAGUUCUAAAAAGGGUAAUUAAAGCCAAAAGGGACUGUGAAGUUGUCUAUCUGAUUGACAGAAAUAGAUCAAUUUCAUCAUCAUGUGUUGCAAUACCAGGGACAUCAAAGAUGACCUCGACUGCAAUGCAGAGGAGAGUCAGUACACCAUUUUUGUCAGAAGUGACAGGUUGCACUAAAGAAAGCCAAUACAAUCCUUUUGGAGUGGAAUUGAGACACAACAAUUCAUUUCUGGUUUAGUUCUAAAACUGCUACAAACUAUAAACUAUUCAUGAUGAUGGAAAACACUAAUGCCUAGUACAAUCAUGGCCCAUUAGAAACCAGAACAAACCAUGGCUGCAAAGGAAACAAGAUGCACAUAGUCUGAAAGAUCUGGCUGGUGUUCUGAAUAAGAUAACAUAAUCUCUCGACUGCAGUUAUGUUCUUAUCAGAAGUACAGCUGGCAUGGAGGGGUUUCACCAGCACAUCUUGCUGUAUUGUACCAAAAGAUUUGCUUAUACACCACCUGUUUAUAGGAUGCACAAUCUUCAUGCAGCCAUAGAUUAUAAUAUACAUGCAAAUAGACCACACAUCACCAACAAUGGGGAUCAGUUAGACUUCAGCGAGUCUGAAUGAAUUAUAGAAAAAGAAAAAGUAUCAUUAUAUGGAUACCAUUUUACAUGAUGCUAUAACUCUGAGAAUUAGUGACAGGGAGGGGAUAUAUAAAAUAGAAAGUUAAAAGGAAGAUGACCCCCACAGACUUUCAAAACAUUUGACCCAAAUUAGCCCAAAGCCUACCUGAGCCAUUCAUGAGGAACAUAAAUCAAGAUAUGAUUGACUUUUUAUGGAAAAGACUGAUAAAUAGUGUGUUACACUGAUUGUCCAACUAUUCAAACAUAUUUAAGAUGACAUUGACCUGGUAUUCAUGAUAGUUUUAUGAACUAUCUUUUUAGAUAUGGCACUGUAUCUAUCUCGUUUCGAA